UUUUUUAAAUGAGAAAUAUGAUGUCUGUCUUAAACCCGUUUCCCCUCCUCGCCACCGUUUUUUCCAAAACCCUCAUACCCUCUGCUUCAGUCGCUCGAUUCUCUCCUCCAUCCGUGAGGGGCAGUGGAGCAGCACCGUGAUCGUGCGCGAUACCGACGGUCGACUCUGCAACGGAGCUAGCGGCGCAACGGAAAAAGGCUGUCUAAAUUCUGAAGUUCGCGGCUCAGACUGGAUAGUCUUAAACUCUGAAUUUCAUUAUCGAGGACUGUCCAUUUCUACAAAGGAUACACUCUGAUGGCGGUGUCAAAAGAUGAAUGGGGAGGUUGUACUAUUCAGCUAGAUGAAGAGGAGGAAGGCAACAGCGAAGCGACUGUGGAUUAUAUCUUUCAGAGGAUUGGAGAACCUGUACCCAUAAAGCUUCAGAAUACCAAUUUUGAUACUGAAAGUCCUCCAAUAAGGCCUUUGGCUGUGUCCGAACAAUUUGGAGCCAUAUUCGUUGCACACAACGAAGGGUUCUAUGUUGCAAAGACCAAAGACGUUAUUGAGGCAGCGAAGGAAAUAAAGGAGAUAGAUAGAGGUUCAUGUAUCCAAGACCUUAGUGUUGUAGAUGUUCCUAUUGGAAAGGCUUACAUUUUGGCAUUGUCUAUGGACUCUUCAACGCUUGCUGUCACCGUUGAUGGAGUGGUUCAUUUUUUCUUAGUUGAGUCACUUCUCAACAAGGAGAAAGAACCAUAUUUCUCAGAUUCACUUGCAGAUUCAACCAAUGUCAAGGACUUUCAGUGGAGAAAAAAUUCAGAAAACUCAUAUCUUGUUCUUUCAGAUCAGGGAAUGCUAUAUCAUGGAUUUGUCAAGGGUCCUUUCAAAGAUGUAAUGGACAAUGUUGAUGCUGUUGAUUGGAGUGUCAAAGGCAAAUAUGUUGCUGUUGCAAGAAACAGUAACUUAAGCAUCCUGUCAUCCAAAUUUGUAGAACAGUUCUGCAUGUCAUUGUCAUUCAAGUCAUGGAAUAGUGAUCCUGAUCCAAAAUGCAGAAUAAAAGUGGAUUCACUCAAGUGGGUGCGAAGUGAUAGUAUCGUCGUUGGAUGCUUUCAAUUGACUGAGAAUAGCGGGGAGGAAGGUUAUCUGGUUCAAGUAAUCAGUAGCAGAGAGGGGAAAAUAACUGAUACUUCUUCCAAGCACUUUGUUCUGUGCUUCAGUGAUUUAUUUUCUGGCAUAGUUGAUGAUAUAUUUCCCUUUGGAGGUGGACCGUAUUUGUUCUCGAGCUAUCUGGAGCCAUGGGAGCUUGCAUUUGUCGCCAACAGGAAGAAUACAGAUGAGCAUAUUGUUUUGCUUGGGUGGUCACUGGACGAACAGCACAAGGAAGCUGCAGUAAUUAGUCUUAACAGAGACAAGUGGCUCCCAAGGAUUGAGCUUCAGGAAAAUGGUGAUGAUAAUUUGAUCAUGGGGAUUGGUGUUGACAAAGUUUCCUUGUAUGACAAAGUGAAAGUUGAGUUGGAAAACGAAGUACAGAAAGAACUCUCACCAUACUGCGUUUUGCUGUGCCUCACUCUUGAGGGAAAGCUUACAAUGUUCCAUUUUGCAAGUGUUGCUGAACCUCCAGUCCCGCCUCGACCUGUGUUUUCCCUUUCUGAUGAGGAAGAGGACUCUUCCGCAUCGAUUCAUUUGGGAAGUGAUACGUCCAAGACAUCAAGGAUAGAGGAAAACAAGGGGGAAGAGACUAGUAUAGAACUUAAUACAAAAGGAGGAGUGAACAUUCCAAAGGAAAUUGAUUUGAAACCCCCUGAGCUGAAUGUGACAUUGAAAUCUUCAUUUGUUACUGAACAAAUCUCCCAUAAGAAAACAAGUACUCAAAGCCAUGCAGUUGAAAAUUUUGGAAAUUCUAUGACAUCGGAAAUUUAUAAUAAACAUACAGAUCCUACAAAGCAUAGUCAAGAUGCGGAACAGUCACAGCUUUCUGGACAGAAAGGUUCAAAUUCAGGGCAAUCAUCUCUGAAUAUACCUUCUCCACAGGGAUUUAGUUCAGCCUUCAGCCGGACAGAAACUCAAAAAGUUGAUUUAUCCUCGGAAGGAAAGAUAACAAGUGACUCAUCUAACACCAAUCUAUCCAAUAAGAAUGCACUCAAUCAUGUCGAGUUGGGUAAAUCAUCCCUCGAAAAGGUUGGAUCAACAAGCUUUCAGAACGCUGCAUCUGGAUCAUGGUCCAGUGGGGGACUCUUACUUUCAAAUGAUCUGAAUGCGAGAUAUUCACCUGCUGCGUCCAGUUCUAUUCCAGGAAAAGUGCAUGAAAAUGCUGGUCCUAGCACAGUAAAUUCUACACCAGGAAAAGUGCAUCAAAAUUCAUCUGAUCUUCUGUCUGGUGAUAAGGUCCUGGGUUCAAAGGACUAUAGUGCUAGUCCCUUCUCAAAUGCCCCUUUUUCUGGUAGAGCUACUGAAAAUGGAGGACAAAGAACUACUAUUGGGGCAGGAAAUGCUGAAUCAGUGCCUCCAUUGCACACCUCUCAAAUCUCAUUGCCAGAAGGUUCUGUGCUAGGAAGGCCUUUGAGCAGUAAAUUACAUCAUACAAAGGAAAUUAACAGGAUUACCCCAUCUUCAGCAGUGCUGGAUUCGGAUCCUGAGUUUUCAAAACAUUUUGGAAAUGUGAAGGAGAUGGCAAAAGAACUGGAUACCCUUCUAUCAUACAUAGAGAAGGAAGGUGGUUUCAGGGAUGCCUGUACUGUCUUCCAGAGAAGUUCAGUUUUGGCAUUAGAACAGGAAAUGGAGAAUCUUUCAGACAGAUGCAGAGUAUGGAGGGUAAUAAAUACAAUAGAAGUAUGCCUCGAGGAAGUAAAAAACCUUCUGAGUAAGACUGUGCAAGUCUUGGCAAGGAAAAUACACAUGGAAGGCAUUGUCAAGCAAGCUUCCGAUAGCCAGUAUUGGGACCUUUGGGAUCGCCAGAAAUUGAGUCCUGAACUGGAAUUAAAGCGACGGCAAAUUUUAAAACUAAAUCAGGAUUUGACAAAUCGGAUGGUGGAAUUGGAAAGACACUUCAAUACUCUUGAGCUCAAUAAAUUUGGUGAGAAUGGUGGAGUCCCCAUGGGUCGUAGAGCAGUACAUGGCUGUUUAGAGGUUUCAGGACAAAUUCCAUCCUUGCAUAGUUUGUAUAACACAAUGAACUCACAAUUAUCAGCUGCACAGCAACUAUCUGAAUGUCUCACAAAACAGAUGGCCGUGUUGAAUAUUGAAUCACCAUCUGCCAAACGACAGAAUGUAGCAAAAGAGUUGUUUGAAUCGAUUGGACUUGAGUAUGAUGGUGACUCUUUCGAUUCUCCAAAUGUAAAAAGAGCUAUUUAUCCACCAGAUCCGGUAAAGAAACUUCCAUAUUCUCUGUGCGGUACUGCUGUCAAACAGCAGUCUAGGAGAAUCCCAUCAAAUGCUAAAAGGAGUUAUGAACCAGAGACUGUGAGGCGGAGAAGAGACUCACUGGAUCGAAGUUGGGCUAACUCUGAACCUCCAAAAACAACUGUCAAAAGAGUUUUGUUGCGCGAAGAACAAGCAAGAGUUACAGCAGAUAAAUCAUCCUUGCUGAUGACUAAGGAAUGCCGUAGCUCUCAACGGCAGGAGGGAUUUUCUGAUGCCAGCUUGAAGGGUCAGGCCUCAUCUCCUCCUUCCUUGUACAUAUCCAUGAACAAAGCUGAGUCACCCAAAUUUCUUGAAAAAAAAGAUGUACUGGACAAACCCUUAAAGCAGAAUUUUGAAUCUGAGUCAACUUUCUUCAAAUGGGCUGGUGACCGUUCACAGCUACUGCACACUGCAGGGUUGAAAUCUCCUGUGACGCAAGUAACACCGAGAAGCAAUCUUCAGUCUUUUUCAUUGUCAGUAGCAUCUGAAUCAUCACCCAACUCUGUUCAAAAUAACAGAAGGGAGACUGGGGAUUUGGCUAUUGACAGAUCAAACACUGGUCUGUGUCCUAUUGGGAAGAAUGAUUCAUCAGCAUUUCAAUCCAAUCCAAUCUCUUGGAUCAAAGCUAACACACAGUUUGAAGCUCCCAGGAACCAAACACCAUCAACACGCUUGAAUUUAACUCAUCAAACUCUUGUAGCACCGAAGAAAACACCAGAUGUAAAGACACAAAGAACUGAUCUCUCACAUACGACUGUUGAAGGAGCUGCUCAGACAAAACCUACAGGCAGUGCAAAACAUGAAGCUGUUACUCCAGAGAGGUAUUCUGCAGUGCCUGAAAAAAUUCGGAGCUCAUCAUUCCCUACUGUGUCUACUAAUGAACCAGCUGCUGCUCUGCAUGGAAAACUUUCCCACUUUGAUGCAGUAACAACCAAAAUCCAGCCUGUUACAGCAUCAGCUUCAGCAGUUCCUCCUGCAAUCUCAACAUCACCUUCUGGCUCAUUCCCAUCUCCCACAAUUUCUUUAUCAAUUUCUUUAUCAAAAUCUGCAAAUGCUUCACCCAUCUCAUUAGCAUCCGUACCAUCUUCAUCAUCAGCCAUGUCAUAUGGGGGAUUAUUAACUUCCAAACCCAGUACAGAAGCUGAUAAGAUGAUUCCAUUACCAAUGCAAUCUUCAGAUCCUUCGGGUCUAGCCCCUUUUUCUUCAGCUCCUUUUCAAACUCCAAAACUCCAGGCUUUGCCAUCUAUUCAAUCUGCUUCUACAAAUUCAACAUCGCAGGCACCUUUUACAGAGAUUAAACCUUCAGUUGGGGAUUUUGAUCCAAAAUCAGAUGCAAGUGCCAUUUUUCAAGCUCCAGUUUCACACCCAAUGCCUGCCACUGAUGAAUCUACUUCGAAGCCAGAGCCUCCUGUCCCACUGGAACCUGCUGCUGGUGAGGCUUCAACAAGAUUGGCAUCAGGAAGCCAGCCAAAUUUCAACAAUGUAUUUAGUGCUGGUUCCAGUGUUGCUUCCAGUUCUCAAUCUGAACCACCAUCUGCUGCAACUGCUUCAUUCCCAACAUCUCUUUUAUCUUCCAGCAAUGCACCCGAUGGAAAGAAGGAAAGUUUGGAAAUUACUCAAGAGGAUGAGAUGGAGGAAGAAGCUCCAGAUAUGACAACUGACGUGAGCCUUGGAAACCUUGAUGGGCUUGGUAUUGGGUCAAACCCCCUACCAGCUGCACCAAAACCUAAUCCAUUUGAUGGUCCGUUUAAUAAUGUGGCAUCGAAUCCAACAUCUCCAUUUACUCUCACUGCCCCCAGUGGGGAGCUGUUCCGACCUGCUUCUUUCAGUUUCCAGUCACCUUUCACUUCCCAACAAUCUCAACCAACUACUAUGGCUACUUUCUCUGGUGGCUUCAUUACUGGAAGCACUCCUUCACCUAGCACAGGAAGUGGCUUUGGCCAGCCAUCACAUAUUGGACCUGGGCAGCAAGCAUUGGGAUCUGUACUUGGUGCUUUUGGACAGUCAAGACAACUGGGCUCCAGCUUACCUGGUAAUGCUUUUGCCUCUGCAAGUGGAUUUGGUGGUGGCGGGUUCUCAGCUGCUGCAAAAACUGGAAUUGGAUUUGGUUCUGGUAGUGGAUUUUCUGGCACUUCUACUGCUGGUGGGUUUGCUGGGGUUGCAUCAACUAGUGGUGGGUUUGGUGGUGUUGCUUCAACAGUUGGCGGGUUUCAUGGUGUUGCUUCAAGUGUUGGUGGAUUUGCUAACGCUGCCACCUCCUCUGGGGGUGGUUUUGCUGGAGGUGGCAGUGGCAGUGGUUUUGCGGCAGCUGGUGCAGCAGGUGGUGGAUUUGGGGCUUUUGCCAACAAACAGGGUGGUGGUGCUUUUCCAACGUUGGGAGGCAGUGUGGGGGGAUCUGGUGGACCACCAUCCGAAUUAUUUACACAGAUGAGGAAGUAGUGGAAUACAUUGGAGAAAAGAGUGAAGUUAGUGCUUGUUCACUUGGAAUAUGAUUUUUUACAUAUGGGCUCAUUUUUUUUUACGUCUUUAGUUGCAAAUUUUGGUUACAGUAUGGGGUCCACCGAUCCAACGAAAUGAUCAUAUAGCAUUAUAUCAAAGUUUGAUGAAGCAAUAACUCUUCUGCAAACUGCUCCCACAAGCUGGAUUCACUAUUCCAUUCAGCUUCUACUCAUGGAAAUGGGAGUAGACAAUGUAAAUAGAUGCCAUUUUCCUCCCUUAAAAUUUCUCUUUGAAAUUGGAUAUUCCAUAUCCUUCUAAUUUUGGAACGUUGUAUUAUUUGAAAGUCCACGAUUGAUGUUGAAAUGUAUACUCCUUGGGUAUUACAUGUA